UCCUACUUCCUUACUAACUCUUAUCGAUCUAAGGCUAAUACUUCACCAAUUGCCCUUAAAUGGUGCAAUUGUUCUAUGUUAAAGUCUGUAUUCCUGACACCUGGAUUGCAGCAUUCCAACAGUUUUGCUUAAAGGUACAGACAGCAUUUCUUUAAUCCUUUCUAUUUUCACAAUAUAAUUCAUUCUACUUUCACACCCCUCUAGCAAUGAUAAUUCUAACACUAGAACAAGGGGACUGGUUCUCAGCUCUUGACUUCCACGAUGCAUAUUUCCACAUAACGGUACAUCCCUCACACAGGAGGUUUCUCAGUUUUGUUCUGGGAACAGAUAAUUUCAAGUACUGAGUACUCCCUUUCAGCUCAUCUGCAGCUCCACAGGUAGUCUCAAAAAUCCUUGCAGUGGUGGCAGCUCAUCUCCACGGAUAAGGGGUCAUAAUAGUCCCCAUCUGUAAGAUUGCUUACUCAAAGCCUCCAUUCGGAAAGAGGCAAUAGAAACUACCCAAAAGUCAGUAGCUCUCUUCACACAACUAGGGCUACAAAUAAACUAACAAAAAUCAACAUUCACACCUGUGCAGAGACUGGAAUUCAUUGGGGCCUACCUCGACUCUCUAGAUCAGGUGUCGACAUCCUUUUGGAAGUGAUGUAACAAGUCUUCAUUUAUUCACUCUAAUUUAAGGUUUUGCGUGCCAGUAAUACAUUUUAACAUUUUUAGAUGGUCUCUUUCUAUAAGUCUAUAAUAUAUAACUAAACUAUUGUUGUAUGUAAAGUAAAUAAGGUUUUAAAAAUGUUUAAGAAGCUUCAUUUAAAACUAAAUUAAAAUGCAGAGCCCCCCCAGACUAGUGGCCAGGACCCAGGUAGUGUGAGUGCCACUGAAAAUCAGCUCACGUGCUGCCUUCAGCACCCAUGCAAUAGGUUGCCUACCCCUGCUCUAGAUGCUACAACCUCUCUGCCUCAGCACAGAUUUUUCCACUCUAGUCCACCUAAUCCUUAUAACGCAAGCCAGCCUGCAGACAUUGGCCAGGACCUGCCUCCAACUGUUGGCCGUAUGUCAACAAUGACAUUUGUCGUCAAACACUCAAGACUGCACAUGCAGUGCCUACAAAGCAAGCUCAGGACAGUAUAUAUUCCACACAGACACAGUACAAACAAGCAUCUUACGAUGCCGACCAAAGUAAAAAAUUCUCUGGACUCAACCACACAACGUUUGCACAAGUGUUCCCUUUGUGCAGACCCUUCCAUCGAUGAUACUCAUAACGGACACUUCUCUGCUAAGUUGGGAGGCACAACCACACAAUCUAAGGUUGCUGGUCCCCGUUGGACUCAACAUUACACAUAAACCUACUGAAGCUGUGGGCAGUCCGCAAUGCAUGCUCACACUUCCUAACCGUGAUCAGGGACAAGGCCAUAAAGGUGCUGAUGGACAACAUCACUUGUUCCGCCAAGGAGGGGCACAGUCACACUCCCUGUGCACAGAAGCCAUGCUCCUAUGGAACUGCUGAAUCUGCCACAACAUUGACAUCUCAGCCUUCUAUCUACCAGGAUGCUAAAACACUACUGCAGACGCACUGAGCAGAAAAUUUUCCCAGAACCACGAGUGGGAAAUGAACACCAGGGUACUGCAGAACAUAUUCAGACACUGGGGGUUCCCAACUAUAAACCUCUUUGCGACAACCCAGAAUGCCAGGUGUCCAUGCUUCUUCUCCAGAGCAGGACUGGGAUCUCGUUCUCUAAGCUAUGCUUUUCUCCUCAAAUGGGAUGCACAUCUACUGUAUGAUUUCCCCUCCCCCUUUUCUAGCCAGGGUCAUACACAAGAUAAGGACCAACUAGUCCAGAGUCACCUUGAUAGCCCCCCACGUGGCCCAGACGAAUGUGGUUUUCCUUACCUCUUGAAGAUUUCUGUGUGCUCACAAUGCACUCUUCCUCAUCUCUUGCCUCAGGAUGCAGGCCAGAUCUACCACCCAAACUUGGCAAGACUACACCUGAAAGCAUGGCUACUCCAUGGUUCUGAGACAAUGUAAUGACCUAUUCAGAGGAGGUAAGGGACAUUCUUUUAAACAGCAGAAAAUCUACUACACAGAUUUAUCUACCUGUGCAAAUGGAAGAAAUUCCAUAGCUGGUGCCAGAAUAGGCAAACAAUAGCAACUACCUCUCCUUUAUUAAUAGUAAUGGAUUACACACUGGAACUCAAGAAAUCUGGUCUCUGAGUGAGCUCGAUCAGAGUGCGUCUUGCAUCAAUCAUGGCAUUCCCUCACUAAGUAGAUGAGUUCUUGAUCUUUGCUCACUCUCCAGCUAUACGCUUCCUCAAGGGUCUUCAUAGCCUUCACCCUGAAAUAUCUGCCCCUACUCCAUCAUGGGAACUCAGUCUGGUGCUGCAAUGUUUUAUGGUGGCCACUUUUGACCUAUUAGCAACAUGUUCACUUCUCCACCUUUCAGUGAAGGUGGUCUUCCUCGUUGCUAUCACAUCUGCCUGAUGAGUUGUAGAACUGGGAACCUCAUGACACCCCCCACCACUCAUACAAUAUUUUUCAAAAACAAAGUUAUCCUAUUGUGAUGGGCUAGGUCACAGAGACCCCCUUGGGACUGUCACCUGAUGUGCUGAAACUACCUUUGAAAACUACCAUUUUCUUUGCCAGCUUGGGAUUCCAGCACUCUGUCUUGUUGAGCCAGACAUGCUAGCCUGCUGCAACACAGACCCAGGGUGUGAACCGUGCCCCAAAAGCUGCAGACUUAACUGAAAAGAGCUCAGCAAAUACUCAUAUCUUCAAUACCCAGACACCCUGCUCCCAAUGAUAUCCCCAAAUAAAUCUGUUUUACUCUACAUAAAGCUUAUACAGGGUAAACUCAUAAAUUGUCUGCCCCCUGUAACACUGAUAGAGAGAGAUGCACAGCUGUUUGCUCCCCCAGGUAUUAAUCACUUACUCUGGAUUAAUUAAUAAACAAAAGUGACUUUAUUAGGUAUAAAAAGUGAGAUUUAAGUGGUUUCAAGUAAUAACAGACAGAACAAAGUAUAUUACCAAGCAGAAUAAAAUAAAACACGCAAGUCUAAGCCUAAUACAUUAUGAAACUGAAUACAGGUAAAUCUCACCCUCAGAGAUGUUCCAAUAAGCUUCUUUCAGAGACUAGACUCCUUAGUCUUGUCCCAAUCCUUUCCCUUGGUACAGUUCUUGUAAGUUUCAGCUCAGGUGGUAACUAGGGGAUUUCUCAUGACUGGCAGCCCACUUUGUUCUCUUCUACCCCCUUUUAUAGCUUUGGCAUAAGGCAGGAAUCUUUUGUCUCUCUGUGUCCCCACCCAUCCUUCUAAAUGGAAAAGCACCAGGUUUAAUUCCAGUACCAGGUGACAUGGUCACAUGUCCUGCAAAACCCCAAGCCUCUGUUCCUCCCAGUCUGACUCACAGGAAUGCAGGAAGGUUUGCAAGUAAACAGAGCCAUUUACAACCAAUCGUUCUAGUCAAUGGGAGCCAUCAAGAUUCUAAACCACAAUUAAUGGCCCGCACUUUGCAUAAUUACAACAAGACUUCAGAGUUACACUUCGUAUUUCUAAUUUUAGAUACAAGAAUGAUACAUACAUACAAAUAGUAUGAAUACUCAGUAGAUUAUAAGCUUUGUAAUGAUACAUUACAAGAGACCUUUUGCAUGAAGCAUAUUCCAGUUACAUUAUAUUCACACUCAUUAGCAUAUUUCCAUAAAACAUAUGGAGUGCAACGUGACACCUAUGACCACAUUCCAAUCUCCUACCUAAAAUAAGUUCAUCAUUCCAUUUGAACCAACCCAUCCAUCUCCCAUUGUUCUUCCCAAAACCUCAUGGGAAGAAAUGAGAAGCAGUUCUUCAUAUCCUGGAUGUCUUUCAGAAAGUCACCAAAGUUAUUUCUUUCCAUCAUUGAAUGACACUAAGGGAGACACUAUAUCCAAACAAAGGCUGUCAAAAUAGAUCUCCGGCUACAUUGACUUUUGUUAUUGCCAGUAAUAGUUACAGCCCCCACCGGGGAACCACACACACUCCACCAGAGCACUCUACAUUGACAGCUUUCCUCAACAAUGUGCCUAUUAUGGACAUCUGCAAAGCAGCAACCUAGGCAUCAACCAAUCUGUUCACACAGCACUAUGCCAUAGAGCAGCAUUCAUCGUCAGAUGCUCUACUGGGGGCUUUGCUACACUGGAGAGUUGCAGUGCUGGUGAUGGGGUUACAGCGCUGCAACUCAGUCUGUGUCCACACUUGCAAAGCACAGCCAGCGCUGCAACUCCCUGGCUGCAGUGCUGGCUGUACACCUGGUCGGCUUGGGGUGUAGCGAUUCCAGCGCUAGUGAUGCAGUGCUGGUCAUCAAGUGUGGCCACCAAAAGCGCUUUUAUUGGCCUCCAGGGUAUUAGGAGGUAUCCCAGCAUACUUUUUCAGCCAGUCUGCUUAUUGUUUCGCACUCCACUGCCCUGGGCUCAGGUAACCCGCCCUUUAAAUGCCCCGGGAAUUUUAAAAAUCCCCUUCCUGUUUGCUCAGCCAGGUGUGGAGUGCAGUCAAUCAAUCAAUCAAUCACUGACCAUGCCUCUACACCCCAAACGAGCCCCAGCAUGGAACACUUGCGAGCUGCAGGACCUCAUCAGUGUUUGGGGUGAGGAAGCUGUGCAGCGCUCCAGCCGUAGAAAUUAUGAUACCUAUGGGCAGAUAUCAAAGUCCAUGCUGCAAAGGGGCCAUGAACGGGAUGCGUUGCAGUGCAGGGUUAAAGUAAAGGAGCUGCGGAGUGCCUAUUGCAAAGCCCGUGAGGGAAACCGCCGCUCAGGAGCUGCCCCCACAACCUACCGUUUUUACAAGGAGCUGGAUGCCAUACUUGGGUGUGACCCCACUGCCAAUCCGAGGACCACGAUAGAGAGUUCAGAGCAGGGAGAAGAGGGGGAGGGUGUAGAGGAAACCGAGAGUGAGGCUACUGGGGUGGAAGAAGACACCCCGGAGGCAUGCAGCCAGGAGCUCUUCUCAAGCCAGGAGGAAGCUAGCCAGUCGCAGCAGCUGGAACUUGUUGGUGAAGAAGAAGCAGAGGAGCGGGUUCCUGUGUCCUUGAAUCCUCUGGCCCUAUCACAGCCUGCUGAAAAACUACAGAACUUGAGGCGUAAACCAAGGAAAAGCAAAGAAGAUUUGGUGAAAGCAGUUAUGAAUCAGUAUGCCAGAGAAAGGAAGAGGCUGCAGGACUGGAGAGAGAAAAUGCAUGAGUGGAGGGAAACACAAAGCAGGAGAAAGGGAUUGGAUACCAAGAAAAGCACAAAGCAGCUGAUAAGCCUCCUGGCGUGCCAAAUGGACUGUAUGCAGUCUCUCGUAGCCAUGCGGGCAGAUCAGUACCGUGCUAACCGCCCCCCACACACACACACCUCCCAAAGCUCUCUCCCUUGUGCCCCAAUGUUUGCUCAAAACCCCUUUCUCCAGCAGCCUGGUUCUUACCACCACCAGCUGCCCCCAACACCUGUACAUUCACCUACCAGCCCUGAGAACUACGAUCCUUACCUAUGCACUCAACCCCCAUCACCAUGCAGCAUAUUAAUCCUGAAGUGCAGCAGGCAUUGCACAGCAAUCCAGGCAGGACAUAUUCAAACCUCUGAAUGUACAGUCCAGCACCCUACCCCCCUACCCUUUUAUGUACUGUAUUUUGAAUAAAUGAUU